AUGACUUUAGGCGAUGAUGAUUUAGCUGCCAUUCAAUUAUUACCUUACCUAUUUAAUCCAGUUAACAUUAAAAUACCAAAGAAAACCACUGGGAACAAUGUCAUAAAAUAUUCAAUGCGGAGGCCAACAAAAUUAGAACAAGCCUGUGCAGUUAUAGUACACAUAACUAAUAUCAAUGAUCUCAAAACAACACAUGAAGAAAAAGUGAACAGGGCAUUUAAUUGUGGGCUUACUGUUCAACCAUACGUUGCCAUAGUGGGUAAUCUUGAAGAAAUCAAUAACACAAUCAGCUACUACACAGUUAUUAAUGACAUAUAUUACAAACUAGAAACUCCCAUCAAGGCCUUAGACAUAUGUUUUAAAUCAUUUCAUUCAUUCAAUUUAGAAUAUCCUCAAGAGGCUGAACAGUUAUGGUGGUUCAUUCAGGAUUAUUUUUUUAAAAUAAACAAUAAUUUAAAAAAAAAAUUUAUAAGUGUCCAAAGCCUAAUUAAGGAUUUGCAGUAA